GGCAGCAGCGGAGGCGGUGGCAGCAGUAGUGCAUGUCCCGCUGCGGCUGUCACUGCCGCCGCCUCUUCCAGCUGCUGCCCACCGCUCCCCCAAUCGUCGCCCCCCUCCCACCCCCCUGCCCCCUCCCACUGCCCCCUGCCGCUGCUGUCGGAGCGGUGGGACCUGGUGCUGGGCAGCGACCUGGUGUACAACGAGAUAGGGGCGGUGUACCUGCCCAGGGUGCUCCGCGCCCUGGCGCACCCCCACACCCGCUUGCUGUACUGCCACACGAAACACAGAUUCGACACGUUUGACAUGCAGUUCCAAGAGCAGCUCGCCGCGUGCGGGCUGGUAUGCCGGGAGGUGCACGAGCCCUGUGUGGCGUCCCCGCCGCCCUCGCCGCCACCGCUUACGGAUCUCUUCCCGGAAAUGCGAAUCGCGGUGUACGACAUCAGCCUUGCGUCAUGACGGCCGUGAAGCAUGAGAGGGGCUUGUGAUGAUGAGUGAGGCAUGCUUGGCGGUGGCUGAUUACGUGCGUGGGCACAAGUGGAUUGCCAGACUAUGCCGCAUGGCGCGGUGGUCUCGUUCAGCGGUAUCGUAGGUAUAUGGAUGGCUGAAUGCUGCGGUGGCUCUUCAUAAUCGAAAGCAUGCUAUCAUGAAUACCUGCAUGCCAUCCAGGCUGGCAUGUGUCACAGGAAUUUUCAUAAUUGAAAGCAAGCCAUGCGAGCUUGCCAACGUUUAUCGCUGGUUGUCUUGCUAUGCUGUUAAAUGCUUUCCGUGACCGGGGCCUAGCUUCGCCUUGCGGUCGCUCCGAAUAGCGUGCGGUGCCAUGUCACGAGCGAGCCAGACUUCCGGCCUUAAAGCGAAGACGGUGUGAUUUAUCACGCAGAUAUCUAUGCUUUGGAUUUGCUGUAUGAACUAACAGAAGGAGCUGCGAUGGCAGCUGAGUAAGCUGGGGUUCGCCAUGACUACUAACGAGCGAAGUCAUGAUAAUCUGCCAGACUUAAACUAACAAGCAGCUAGAGUGGUCCUCGGCAUGUACAUGCAACUGCGUAAAUCAACUGCACCCAAAUGUAAUCUUGCCGGUAAAAACUGUCAUGCCCCGAAGAUUCAUGCAAGCAUUAAUACGUGACGUCGCCUACAGCGGAAUUCCUAGUCGCGCCAAGCGCAUAACCCAGAGAGCGUCUUCGCUGCGCUGCGUCAGAGCUUCUGCUGCUUCCACGACCAGCGCCGGCACCAUCCCACCAAUGGCCACCAUCACUCGCGUUCCACACAGCAGCCUGCACGUGUCCAAGCCCACUUGGUGGCUGGAGAGCCGCUUCCACUUCUGCUUCGCCGACUACUGGGACCCCCGGCGGGAGCGGUUCGGUGUGCUGCGGGUGCUGAAUGACGACCUGGUGCAACCCAGGGCGGGGUUCGGCACCCACCCGCACCGAGACGCGGAGAUCUUCAGCUACGUUGUUGACGGGCAGCUCAGCCACUCCGACUCGCUGGGCAACCGCGAGUCCCUGCCCCGCGGCUGCCUGCAGUACAUGAGCGCCGGCAGCGGAGUGAGCCACUCGGAGAUGAACGAGGGGGCGCACGUGUGCCGCUUCCUGCAGGUCUGGAUCAGCCCGGACCGGCGGGGACACAAGCCGCAGUACGGCAGCAGGAGGUUCGAGCCCGCCCAGCGACACAACCGGCUGCUUCAGCUGCUGGGAGGCACCGGACCCACACCCGCCUGGCCGGGACUGAUGCAGGAGCAGCAGCAGCGGCAGGGGGCGGCGGGGGCAGCGGCAGCAGCAGCAGCAGCAGGAGAGGAGCUGGUACGGUUGCACCAGGAUGCGAAUGUGGUGGUGUCGGAGAGUGACCCAGGGGUCACCUUCGACCUGAGCCUUGCAGCCGGCAGACAAGCCUACAUCACCUGCAUUGAAGGCAGCCUGCAGGUGAACGAGGUGCCGCUGGACACGCGGGACGGCUGCCGAGUGGUGGGGCGGGCGGAGGGCACCUGCCCGCUGCAACUGACUGCGGGGCCGCAGGGGGCACACUUCCUGGCGAUUGAGAUGGCGCUGGAGAAGUGAGGAGCGGUGGGGUAAAGAGGAAAGGACUAACGAACCGUGUGGUAAGGCGUCAUCAUGGUUUGCAACAUGUGAGCCAGCCCGACCCCCUCAGCCCGAUCUAGCCAGGCCAGUACGUUCGGAGUGAGGAGG